AUUUGAGAGACUUCCAUGGCGAGGUCCAGGCACUCCGUGGCCGGGAAGCAGACGUCGCAGCCGGCGCAGUCGCAAAGGAUGCGACGCGCGCAGGCGCGCGCGCACGGGCCGCAGGUCCGCGUGAGCUCCAGGAGAGGCCGCACGGCGCCGGGCUCGCAGCCGAACAGCGACGAGCACAGCGAGCAGAAGCACACGGUGCACCCUCGGAAGGUUUCUGUUAGACAGUCCACGGGCCGGCAGAAAAGACAGCCCAGCAGGAUGGCAGCACACAGGUCUCGAGUGAUGCCGCUAGAGAGAGCUGUGGGGGCCUCAGAAAGUUGGAAGGACAGUGAGCUGUCGGACGUGGACACUGCACUGGGCCCCGAGAGCAGCAGCAUGGAGGGGGAAAACGCUCCGCUUUACUGCAUUUGUCGAAAGCCAGACAUCAACUGCUUCAUGAUCGGCUGCGACAAUUGCAACGAGUGGUUCCACGGCCACUGCAUCAACAUCACGGAGAAGAUGGCCAAGGCCAUCCAGGAGUGGUACUGCAUGAGCUGCAGAGGUGAGAACCCACUGCUGGAAGUCAAAUACAGAUCCAAGAAAAGCCGAGAGAAGGAGCCGGACUCGGACAGAACCGAGCGACAGUACAGCACGCCGAGCACGCCGGACUACAGGAGCGACAGACGGCGCGGAUCUAAAGUGAAACGUUCGGUGCGCAUGUGCGGGGAAUGCGAGCCGUGCAGGCGGACCGAGGACUGCGCCCAGUGCGACUUCUGCAAGGACAUGAAGAAGUUCGGGGGGCCCAAUAAAAUCCGACAGAAGUGCCGCUUCAGGCAGUGCGAGGUCCGAGCCAGGAAAAUGCUGCGCGUGAAGGAGGAGGAGCUCUCCCUGCGCGAGAGGAGGGAGAACUCCCACCACAGAAGAAGACGGUACUCCGAGGACUACGACAGCGAGGCGGAGCUCUACCAGCAGUACAGGGCGGCGGGACUCGGCGGCGACCUGGCGUGGGGGAGCGACGACGACGACGACGAGCCGGCCUUCAGCCCCGUCAUGCGGAAGAAAGCCAUCAAGGUGAAGCACGUCAAGAGGCGGGAAAAGAAGAUCGAGAAAAAGAAAGAGUCGCGGCGCCACAAGCAGAAGCAGAAGCACAGGGACAAAAACCGGCACAGCGAGCGGGGGGAUCUGCGGGACAGCGGGGGGAUGCGUCAGUGUCUGGGGCCCAACUGUGUGAGAGGAGCCAGGCCCAACUCCAAGUACUGCUCCGAGGACUGCGGCAUGAAGCUGGCAGCCAACCGGAUCUACGAGAUCCUCCCUCAGCGGAUCCAGCAGUGGCAACAGAGUCCCUGCAUCGCCGAGGAGCACGGCAAGAAGCAGCUGGAGCGCAUCCGCCGGGACCAGCAGAACGCCCGACUCCGCCUAACCGACAUGGAGCGGCGCUUCCACGAGCUGGAGGGCAUCAUCGCCAAGGCCAAGCAGCAGGCGGUGCAGCAGGACGAGGAGGUGAACGAAGGUGAGGGCGACGACACAGAUCUCCAGAUUUUCUGCGUGUCCUGCGGUCAUCCCAUUAAUCCCAAAGUGGCGCUGAGACACAUGGAGAGAUGCUACGCCAAGUACGAGAGCCAGACGUCCUUUGGUUCCAUGUAUCCAACAAGGAUAGAGGGUGCCACUAGACUCUUCUGUGACGUGUACAACCCCCAGAGCAAGACCUACUGCAAGAGGCUGCAGGUUCUGUGUCCAGAACAUUCCAGAGAUCCAAAGGUGCCGGUAGACGAGGUGUGCGGUUGCCCUCUGGUGAAGAACGUGUUUGAGCCGACAGGAGACUACUGCAGGGUGUCCAAAAGGAAAUGCAACAAACAUUACAACUGGGAAAAGCUGAGGAGAGCUGAGGUGGACUUGGAGCGGGUCAGAGUGUGGUACAAGCUGGACGAGCUUUUUGAGCAGGAGCGGAACGUCAGGACUGCGAUGACCAACAGGGCCGGUCUGCUGGCUCUGAUGUUGCACCAGACCAUCCAGCACGACCCGCUGACGACUGAUCUCCGUAGCAACAAGGAUAGGUAGUCAGCCUGGGUUUGUUGAUGGAUUUAGAUUUGCAGAUCGCUGUACAUAGCAACAUAAUAAAUGUGUGCCGAAGAUGUAAACUUCUAGAUUAACUACUGCUUUGAUGACAGAAGAUUUUCUACCAUUUUAAAGUGUGUGUAUGAUAAUAUAUUUUUGCCUAAUAGUGGUAGAGGAGCCACGUUUGAGUUUGGAAACUGCUGUUUUUGGUAUGAACAUUAGAAAUAAAGCCUUGAAACAAGCUCUGUGUGUGUCAGGACUGUACAUACACAUAUUCAUACCUUUACACAGAUAUCAACACUCUUAUGAAAAAACAUUUUUGGCAACUUUUUAACUUUAUCUUGUUAAAAUAUAAUUCUGAUUUUUUUUUAUUACUACAUUUGAGGUUAGAAAAAUGGAUAUCGAAGAUUAAAUUAGCAAAAUUAUCUGGAGUAACUAUUGUAGGCUAAAUAAUUUGAAUUUGAUUAAUGCAAAAAUAUUCAUACCUCUUCAACGUUUUCACGUUUUGUCUAGUUACGACCACCAAUCAGUUUAUUUUGGGAGGAUUUUAUGGAGAGGACUUGCACAUAAGAAAGGAAACAUUUCAAAUAUUUUUUACGUACACCUGCUUCCAUAUGCCUGCUGUGUUUGUCAUCACGACAAAACGUAUGGAUACUUUCCAGUGCACUUGAUAGAAAUUUACUGGUGUUUUUGAGUGACAAGACAAGCGGCCCAUCUCUAAAAACUUGCCGCUUCUUCAUCAAGGAAUUGCAGAAAGUGAAACUUAGUUUGGACAUUUGGACUUCAAAUAAAUGCAGUAAAUUUGUAUUAAAACAA